UUUGAGUGAUGACCGUGACAUUCAAGAUCAUGACUUCCCUUUCCUUCCGUCCCCUGCCUUGCCUCUCUCCUAUUUAAUUACACACCCCAUACACACUACUAGGAAGUGACAAGCCCAUUUAUUUUCUUCAGUUCUGCUUCUUCUUUCCACUAAUUAAGGCCAUGGUCAUGGCUGAAAAACAGAUCUUUGUUUCCAUGGUCCUUGUUUUGCUUUUGGUUGUUUUUUCUAGUGCUGUUCAUCACCAUGCAGUAAAUGAAGUAGAAGAAGAAGCAGAUAGGAUAUCUUCACUUCCUGGCCAGCCUAAUGUCUCUUUUCAACAAUUCUCUGGCUAUGUUACUGUUAACAAAGUUGUUGGUAGAGCUCUCUUCUACUGGCUCACUGAGGCUGUCCAUGACCCCUCGUCUAAACCCUUGGUUGUUUGGCUCAAUGGAGGUCCUGGUUGCUCUUCUGUGGCAUAUGGUGCUUCUGAGGAAAUAGGGCCAUUUAGAAUCAACAAGACUGCCUCAGGAUUGUACCUUAACAAGUUCUCAUGGAACUCCGUGGCCAACCUCUUGUUCCUGGAAACUCCUGCUGGUGUUGGCUUCUCUUACAGCAAUCGGUCCUCUGACUUGCUUGAUACUGGCGAUAUUCGCACUGCCAAGGACUCGUUGGAAUUUCUGGUUGGAUGGAUGAAUCGAUUCCCACGAUAUAAGCACCGAGAAGUAUAUCUUACUGGAGAGAGUUAUGCAGGCCACUAUGUUCCUCAGCUGGCUAGAGAAAUUAUGAUGUACAACAAAAGGUCCAAGCAUCCAAUAAAUCUUAAAGGAUUCAUGGUUGGGAAUGCAGUUACGGACAACUAUUAUGACAACCUUGGAACAGUGACGUACUGGUGGAGCCAUGCAAUGAUCUCUGAUAAAACAUAUCAGCAGCUCGUCAACACUUGUGAUUUUCGAAGGCAGAAGGAGUCAGACGAAUGUGAAUCAUUGUAUAGUUAUGCCAUGGAUCAAGAAUUUGGAAACAUUGAUCAGUACAACAUUUAUGCACCCCCUUGUAACAACUCUGAUGGUAGCACCUCCACUCAUCAGAGUAUUCGAUUGCCUCACCAUCCCUACAAGCUUGUCAGGCCAUUGUCUGGCUAUGAUCCCUGUACUGAAAAAUAUGCUGAGAUUUAUUACAAUAGACCAGAUGUGCAGAAAGCACUCCAUGCCAAUGUGACCAAAACUCCUUACAAGUGGACAGCUUGCAGUGAAGUACUAAAUCGUAACUGGAACGACACGGCUGUUUCGGUUCUCCCAAUUUACCGAGAAAUGCUUGCUAGUGGAUUGAGGAUUUGGGUAUUCAGUGGCGACGUCGACUCAGUUGUGCCAGUUACAGCUACUAGAUACUCCCUUGCUCAACUUAAAUUAGCGACAAAAAUUCCAUGGCAUCCUUGGUAUGUUAAGAAGCAGGUGGGAGGGUGGACAGAGGUAUAUGAAGGACUGACAUUUGCAACAGUGAGAGGGGCUGGUCAUGAAGUGCCACUUUUCAAGCCAAGAGCAGCCCUUCAGCUAUUCAAAUCAUUUUUGAAAGGACAGCCCCUUCCCAAGUCUUGAAAAGAAAAACCCUCCUGUAUUUUAGUGAAACAUUCUGUUGUUAUUGGUGGAAUGUAGACAAAAGGAUGUCUCAUUUUUAGUUGACCAUUGAAACAAAAUUAGUGGGAAGAAAGAGUUUGGUUGUGUAAUAGCAGCAAAUGGAAUGGUUUGUAAUUGUGCAAUAACCAGUUUGAAUUAUGUUUUCAACAAAUAUUAUUUGGUGG